GACGUCAGAUCCUGCUGAACGCGGGCGCCAAAAGAAGUCAACAAGGUUUCCACGCUUCUGACGGAUCAAAACAACGCUCAUUAAAGCGCCCCAGGAGCCAAAUUACGACUUUAAAAGGUGUCUACUGCAGUGGGAAGUUUAUUAUUUACAGAAAGACCUCGUAAUGACGGAUAGUGACGGCAGUAAAAGUGCGAUGGAGGCGGUGAAGCCGCAGAUCAAAAGGAAAAGAAAGGAAGUUAUUGACACGAGUGAUGAAGACGGCAAGUCUAAGACUAAGAAACAAAGGCGUCUUUCCAGCUCAUCGGAAUCGCUGAAUGACGAAGAUGUCAGCAACGAAAAGAGUGAUGAGGAGACAGAAAAGUUGGAGACGCCCAAAACCAAUGAAGAAAAAAGCGAUGAUGAAAAAGUAAAAAAAAGCCCAGAGAGUGGCGACGAAGAUGAAAGUGGCAACGAUGACGAAUCCAAAACAGGUGACAAGGAGAAGAGUGAUGAGUCUUCAGAUGAUGAGAAGGAAGAGAAAGAAGAAGAUUCUGACUCAUCUUCUCUCCCUUCUUUGGAUGAUGACAAAGAAGUGGAGGCUGCAAAGAAAGUAGCCCAAAUGAAAAGCAAGGGAAAAGAGGGGAAGAGUGACAUGAAGAAUAAAGAGGGCAAGUCUGCAAGCGACACAUCCUCUGCCAGUCAAAGCGAUGAUGAGAAUGAUGGCAAGUCAAAGAAAAAGCAGGGUGCCAAAAAGAAAAGCGAGAAAGCAGAGAAAGCUAAAGGUUCCAAGGUGAGCUUUAGAGAAGCUGGUAAGUCUUCGGUCGUAAAUACGGUGCGGCUCACGCAGGAAGACAACAAAUCUGUGGUGAGGCUGAAGCGCUACAUCGCCCUCUGUGGUGUGAGACGGAACUACAAGAAGAUUCUGGGAGACUGUCGCUCUGUUCAGGCCAUGGUGGCAGUUCUGAAGAAGGAGCUGGAAGAUCUAGGGGUCAAAGGACAACCAUCCAUCCAAAAAUGCAAGAAGGCUCGGAUGAAAAGAGAAGAAGCUCGAGAACUUGCAGAGCUUAAUAUGGACAACAUCAUUUAUUCUGAAGGACGCACUAGUCGACGAGGCACGGCAUCAGGGCGCAAGCAGGAAGACUCUCGGUCGUCUAUGUACAAGCAUGCGGUGAACUCCUCAUCGGGCAGCGAUCAAGAGAACAAAGGGAAUGGUGGACGCCGAAGAAUCGAUUGGUCCAACCUGCAGGGGAUCAUCAGCGACGACGGAGUGAAGAGGCUGGGGAAGUGACAAGGGUGAGUGACACCUCAGCCCUGAUGUCAACUCGGACCCACUGAAGCCCACUCUUGCUACUUCCUGCAGCAAUGGAUGACGACGCCCCUGAAGAGAUUUUUGAUGAACUAAAGCCCAAGGAGCUCAAGUUUUGGGAUGUUGCUCAGAUAGC